UUCCUCCUCCCAUCGAGGUAAACCCCAGUGAGCUGAUGCACAUUCUUUGCAGGCUUCUGUGGCACUUCAGGACAGGCAUUUCUGCAGACUCAUGUUUGGAGACUGAAAACCGAAACUUAAUGAGACAGAGCGGGGAAAACGAACCUUAAGUGAGGUGGGAGGGCACUGAUGGGCUGGGCUCCUUUGUAUAUAAACACAGCUGUUCAAGCCUGAGGACAGAUCAGCUGGAUCAAAGCUUAUUGCAUGUUUGAAGGAGAAUUAAUUCAUUACUGGAUAAUUGAAAGAUCAGUUUCAUCAUGGAUAUUGUCAUCGUUAUGCUGAACGGGACAUCCCGCACGCUGAGAGUCAACCCAAAUGACACAGUGGGUGAUUUGAAGGAGCGCAUCCAAAAUGAGAUGGGAUGCCUCGUUUCGACGCAAAAGCUUGUCUUCACUAACGGCCAGAGCACCAAUCUGAACGACGACUCCAGGACUCUGAGGUCCUACAACAUGCAGUCGGGCUCCCAGGUGUCCCUGUUGAUCACCCAGCCAUCUACCUUCCAGGUUUUCCUCCAAAAUGAAAAGGGGAAAACCAGCACCUAUGAUAUCACAGGGGAUGAGACUGUGGAGAACUUCAAGAGGAGAGUGCAGGAAAGGGAAGGGGUUCCUGCAAACCAGCAGAGGCUGAUCCAUGAAGGUCGAGAGAUGCAGGGUGGAAAACUGACUGACUACAACGUCAGGGAGCUGAGCACCAUCUUCAUGACUCUGCGCCUGAGAGGAGGCUGAGGACACAACAU